AUGAAGCUUUUUGGAAGUUUUGCUCUCGUUGCCGGAGCAUCUGCCCUUGCUGUUUCAAAAGAGACUGCUUCUGAGUUCUUGAGAGUUCGACGGGCCAACACCCGAUUCGAAGAGUGGAAAGCAGGAAACUUGGAACGAGAAUGCUUCGAAGAAUCAUGUGAUGCGACUGAAUUUCACGAGGUUUAUGACAACUUGGCCGUUUCUGGACCUCUUUUGAGAAAAUACUUUGACUGCAAAAAUUACAUCCCUGCCGGUCUGAAUGCAGCUGCAAGAGCUGGCGCCCUCCGGGACUGUUUCAACGGAAGCCCUUCUAACAACUUGCCGGUGCUACCCGAGGACAAUGGGCGACCACCAUCAGUUCCUCAAGAUCAAGUCAUUCUCCUCCCGAACAAUGGCUGGGCGACCGUCAACGAUUCCAAGUGGAUUCUUGCGCUAAAACACCCUGAAAUCGGUGUCGGCCCAAAUACUGAAAUCCAUGUCAACAGCGUCCACUGCCGCCAAACCCACUCCGAGAUGAUGCUCGGCGGAUACAACGUCCACGAAUGCAAGAUCAACUAUGAAGCCAACGGUCGCUAUUGCCGAGCCAUAGUCCAGUUCCGCUCUUGCCGAGGCUGUCCGCAUGUACAGUACUCUCCCGAGCAUCAUCAGUCGCUCGGCUGCUCGUAA